AUGAUCCCGGGCUGGAAAGUCAACCAGAAGCCUAGCCAGCAGUGCCUGGAGAGGGUGAAGCGCGACCUCGCCGACUUCCACGCCGACCCACCGCCGGGCGUGUUCAUGGCGCCCGACGAGAAGGACAUCACCACCGUCCACGCCGUCGUGGUAGGCGCCGCAGGCACGUCGUUCGAGGGAGGCUUCUUCCACCUGCUCAUCACGUGCACCAAGGAGUACCCGAUGUCGCCGCCUAGGGUGCGCUUCAUGACCACCGACGGAGGGCGCGUGACGUUCAACCCGCACAUAUCGCUCAGCGGCCACAUCUGUCUCAGCCUGCUGGGCACCAUGGUCGGGCCGCCGUGGACUCCCGCGCACAACCUGACCUCGGUGGCCGUGUCCAUCCAGUCGAUGCUGGACGACACCGUCAGAAACGUCGACGCGUUCGAAGCGUUCGAGCAAAUCGUGACGGGCUUCUGGAGUCCGGGCAACGCGAAGGCCAUGCGCUACCAGACCCUCCGGGUGGCAGUUUGCAAUACGAUCGAGUCCUGCCUCGAGGGAAACUGCCCGUUCCCGCCGUCUCUGCGGGACCAGUUGCUGGCCAGCUUCGCGGACAACUACGCGAAGUACGAAGAGGCGGCCAAGGCGGAGCUGGCUGCCAACCAGGGCGGGGUUCUUGUCUGGCUCGGCUGCGAAAACAAGUACGAGACGCUGCUGGCGAGGAUACAGAACCUCGGAAGGAUGGUCAAGAGCCGCAACGAUGCAGCCGCGACCGCAGCUCCCGACGCUCGUGAGAAUCACUAA